UUCGUGUUUUUCUGUUGCUUGUUUAUUCAAAAUUUCGGGGAAGGUCUCUCCCUGUAGGCCAGAUCAAGUAACCCGACUGUCAUAGGUCAAGAAGCCCUGGAAUGUGGAAAAUCUGCCUGCGUAGUCGUAGUCGGAGCAAAUGUCUGCGCUAUCUUCUGCUAAAACGGAGCUACAGCAUCAGGGGCGCCGGCAGUCAGUCAGGUGAUGCGGACUCUAAGGUCGUUGAGCUGUCCGUCGGUAAGGUGAAAGGUCGCUGGCAGGUGGGUCUCUACGGCGACGGUUUCUACAGUUUCGAGGGGAUUCCAUUCGCCAAGCCGCCACUGGGCGAUCUGCGCUUCGUGGCACCCGUCCCGGCGGAUCCAUGGAAUCACGAGUUGGAUGCAAGGCAAGAGAAAUUUUUACCCCUUCAGUCAGAGCGGAUGACGGGUCAGGUCAUCGGUAGCGAGGAUUGCCUGUACCUAAAUGUCUACACCAAACAUUUCGAUCAAUCAAAGCCACCUUUGCCGGUUAUGGUUUAUUUCUACGGCGGGGCCUUUCGAACGGGAGGUGCCCUCCGAUCCAAAUAUGGACCGGACUAUUUGAUGAGCAAGGAAGUGGUAUACGUGCUUUUCAACUACCGGCUGUGUGCUUUGGGGUUCCUUAGCCUGCCCAGUCGUGAGUCCAAUGUCCCGGGAAAUGCGGGUCUCCAGGACCAGUUGAUGGCCUUGAAAUGGGUUAAUCAACACAUCAAAUGCUUCAACGGUGAUCCGCAGAACAUAACGAUUUUUGGGGAGAGUGCUGGAGCGGCAUCGGUGCAUUUUAUGAUGUGCCUUCCCCAGGCGAAGGGUCUGUUCCACAAGGCCAUUAUGAUGUCUGGAUCGAUUCUGAGUCCCUGGGUAGAUGCUCCGGAGCGACAGAGCAUGUUUGCUCGCCUCGCCAAUGCAGCUGGAUAUCAAGGGCCCGCCAAGGAGGCGUCCAUGUUGAAGUUCCUUCGUACCGUGGAAGCUGAAAAGCUGAUGGGACAUAACUUUUUGAGCGCUCGCGAUCGUCUUUUUGGCUUUCUGUCCCCAUUCGUCCCUGGCAUUGAGUUGGCCAAAACAGACUCCGGGCUGAUACAUGUCCCCUACACGGACCUGAUGAAGGAGGCGUGGUCGUGCCAAGUGCCUCUGUUAUUAGGCGGUACAUCCUUCGAGGGGCUGGUUUUCUAUCCCUUUUGCAAACUAGACAACGGCUAUAUGUUGGAGUUGCUGGCACAGGAACCCGCCUUGGUCCUGCCACAUGGUUUGUAUAAUGAGAUGUCUCCAGAGGAACGUACUGACGCUGCCAACGAACUGAUAAAAUAUCAUUAUGGACCUCGGGGAAUCACUAAAAAUAAUAUAACACAGAUCUUGGACCUCUUCAGCUACAAGCUGUUCUGGCAUGGCAUACAUCGUGUGGCACUUUCUAGAUUGUCCUUAGCCCAGGCACCAACCUACCUCUAUCGCUUCGACUUUGAUUCCCCCAAGCUUAGCCUCAUGCGGAACAGUCUUUGCGGAGAUGACAUCAAGCGGGGCGUGUGUCAUGCCGACGACUUGGGCUACAUAUUCCACAAGCAGGCUGUUAAAAAAUUUCCCCUGGACUCUCCGGAAUUUUCCACUAUCCAUCGAAUGGUGACCAUACUAACAACUUUUGCCCGGACCGGUGAUCCGAACAGUUCGGAAACUGGACCUGAUCAGUGGACGCCCAUAACUGUGAAAUAUCCCUUUAAAGUCAUGAAUAUUGGGCAGGAUCUGGAGAUGGUUACGCAAUUUGAAAAGGAUGGCCUGGAGGUUUGGAAUCGAAUUUAUUCAAUGCCAAAGAAAUGUUGAAAUUUUGACUUUUGAAAAUCUCCCCGAAGUACCUAAAAUAGUUGUUGAUUGUCGCUCACCAUUAAUUUAUUUUGUACCUGUUUUCUAAGUUAAAUUAUUAAUUAAUUUGUUCUUGUUGUGUAGAUUAAGAAAAUAUUAAAUUGGCAUACAUAGUUGGAAAAAAAACAAGAAAG